GUACAGUAUGUACAGACGCCCCUCUGCUCCCAGUCCACCGGUCCAUUUCCCCCGGUCCUCCGGUCCAUUUCCCCCAACCUGGCCGCGUCGCUUUGGAUCUUAAAACCCUUAAACAAUAGAACAUGUCACGGACUAAAAGCUGACGUUUUAUCUCUACGAGCCGCUUUCAGCUGCAUCCCCGUUUCCCAGAGAGAGUCUUCUUUACCUCUCCCAUGUCCUUUCGCCGGGUGACCUCCUUCAGUUCCUCCUUCCUUCCCAGAGGGCAUCCAGCUCUCCGUCGGGCCUUCUCCAGCCACCAGCCCUUCUCCCCUGCUUCUCAUCCAUGGUGGUCAGGCCACAGAUUCCCUCCCUGGCCUCCUCGGCUCCCCCCUCCUCGCCCGCCGGCCCGGCCGAUCUUCGCUGGCAACGCAUCCCACCGUUUUAACGUUGGACCCGGGGGCUUCGGCGCCGCUGGUGUGCAGUCGCUCCACACAUCUUUGGGUCUCAUGAUGGAGCGCCCUGGCAGAGAGCCUCCAAGCAAGCGGCGCAAAAGUGGAGAGGAGGAGGAGGAGGAGAGUGUUGAGGAAAAGGUUUGGCACAGGGCAGGAGGAGCAAGGGAAACCAGGAGCAAAGCCAAGGAGAGGGAAGCUAAGCAGGAGCACCGUCAUCCAGAUUCCAGAAGAGACGCCCGACCUCCAGCGAAUCAGCCCUCCAGAGUCAGAGAAACCCCCAAAAACGGAGCAGAAAGAGUCGGUAGCAGGGACAGCAGCCGAGAUAAGGCGGCAGAAAGGACUAAAGGCAGCAGAGAGAGAACCCCGCAUCAGCAUUCCCAGCCUGCAGGGUCCAGGACUCUCCGCCCCACAUCCACAGUUUCAGCGCACAAACCCAACGCCUGGUUCAGAGGCGGGCCGGCCCAGGAGCCGGGCGGCUUUCAGAGGAACAGAACCGGGUCAGCAGAACCUCAGCAGGUGGGAGGCAUCGACACAGAGACACGGACAGAGCAUCCGUCCCGACCCGACCAGCAGCAGGAGGAGAGACGGCCGCCAUCAGCUGGGGGCUCACAGCCUGUCAGAUGUCUGCAGAGAUGCUGGGAGACCUGCAGUGCUGAACCCCAGCCACCAGGGGACAGCGCAGUCUUUGACUUCUCGGUGAUGUCCUACAACAUCUUGUCCCAGGAGCUGCUGCAGGAGAACGCCUACCUGUACCGCCACUGUGACCCCGGCGUGUUGCCAUGGCGAUACCGGCUGCCCAACCUGCUGGCCGAGAUCCGGCAGCACGACGCUGACGUUCUGUGUCUUCAGGAGGUCCAGGAGGACCACUAUGAGGAGCAGAUCAAACCCGCGCUACAGGCUUUAGGUUACCAGUGUGAAUACAAGAAGCGGACGGGAAAGAAACCAGACGGCUGUGCCGUGAUCUUCAAAGCCUCCCGCUUCUCGCUGGUCUCCUCCACGCCGGUGGAGUUCUACCGGCGGGGCGACGCCCUGCUGGACCGCGACAACGUGGGGAUGGUGGUGCUGCUGGAGCCCAACGGCGGCGCCGUGCGCUCCGCUCCGUCCUCCAUGGUCUGCGUGGCCAACACUCACCUCCUCUACAACCCGCGGCGCGGCGACAUCAAGCUAGCUCAGCUGGCCAUCCUAUUGGCUGAGAUCGGCCGGCUGUCCCGCCUCCCCGACGGCUCCGGCGCCCCGGUGGUCCUGUGUGGGGACUUCAACUCGUCACCGUGGAGCCCGCUGUACCGCUUCCUGACCACAGGCCGCCUGGAGUACCAGGGGAUGCAGAUCGGGAUGGUGUCGGGUCAGGAGAGCAGUCCCAAAGGCCAUCGCCUCCUCACGUCUCCGAUCUGGUCCGGCAGUCUGGGGAUCAGCCAGCGGUGCCGCUAUGAGAGCAGCCGCCCAGACGAGCCUCCUCCCUGCAGCCCCACAGCUGUUGAAGGAGGGAUGUCCAGUCUGACCGUAGCAGAUCCGGCCACCAAAGCCGCUGCUUCCUUCAACAGCUCCAGGAUCGAGCACAACCUGAAGCUGCGGUCGUCUUAUCGGCACCGCCUGACGCCUGACGGCCGACCGGAGAUCACUACGUGUCAUUCCCGCACGGCGCUGACGGUGGAUUACAUCCUGUACAGCUCCGAUGUGAACGCGACCCCUUCACUUCCUGGUGGGCGUGGCCUGCAGCUGCUUGGCAGGCUGUCAUUGGUCGGGCAGUCAGAGUUGGAGGAAGUCAGCGGUCUGCCCAAUCAGCACCACUCCUCCGACCAUCUCCCUCUCCUCGCCAGCUUCCGCCUUCGGUGCUGACGCUUGUGGACCUGACCCGACCCGACCCGACACAUCGGUUCUGGUUCCAGCAGAACAGCAGAACCCUUUUAUCCAGACGACCAAUGAAAGACGAUCAAUGAGCGCUGGGACGUGCGUUUCUGUCCGAGGCUGGCAGCUGCAAAUGAAGGAGGAGCUGAAUUAAAAUGUAAAAUGAACUAAGAAAUUAUUUUCCUUUAGAAGAAAACUUUAUCACAGAAAAAUCAAUGAUCUAUGAUCAAUGCUGCGUUCUGCGCUCAUGUUAAAUUAUUUAGAGACGAUCAUAUCUGCAGACAUCCUGACGCCUAAAAUUCAACAAGCCAACAGAUUCUAAAUUUAAAACGCAGCAAAAAGCCAACAUGGCCGACCCAAAACCAACACAUUUCUCUAUUUAAACCUUUAUUUUUGCCCUAUUAUUGAUAAUCCGUAACUUUUACAGCUCCUGUUAGGAUGUCAGGAUGUUUAAAUGAGUAAAUAUCAUGAAUAUUUUUUAUCCUCUCUGCUCUUCUGGUAACAUUUAAUUAAUCCCCAUCAGACUGUUGACUCCUAGGGUCUCUUUUUACUCGUUAAUUUCCUUUUUACCCCAUUUUUUCCAACUGUUUAUCUAAAACAGGGUGAGUUUUAAAGGGAACUGUGUCUAACACGUCUGCUGCUGGUUAAUUAAUGGGGAUGAUGUCUAAUCAGCUGUGUUUCAACAGCUUUGUUGUUGUCUUCGUUUUAAUUUAAGGUGCCAAAACUGAGAAGUCUGCAUCGUUUUAGUUUGCACCGUUUUCAUCAGCAGCAAAAGAACGAUCUAUGCAUCUCUGCCUGAUUUAAAAUGUACGGUUAAGUCCAGCUGGACGGGUUCAUCAGAACCGGGACUUUCUGGCCUGUGUGUAUUUUUCUACCACUUUCUUUGCCAGUUUGGGGGAAGUUUACAGUUUGUAAGUAAUAAAUGUGUAUUUUCACACCCG